AUGCUGGGAAAUGUAGUGAAGGAUGUGACGCUGUGCGUGAUAGACGGCGGCUACACUUUAGGAACAGAGGGGGAAAACGGCUCCAUUGAAGACAUUAUCAGUCGCAUCCAGGACGAGACAGACGGUGUUCCAAUCAGAACCGUCAAGAGUUUCAUGACAAAGAUCCCCAGUGUUGUUACAGGUGCAGAUAUAGUACAGUGGCUGCUGAAGAAUUUGUCCAUAGAGGAUUCAGCUGAGGCCAUGCACAUAGGAAGUCUGAUUGCAGCUCAGGGAUACUUUUUCCCCAUCUCUGAUCACGUCCUGUGCCUGAAAGACGAUGGUACUUUAUAUCGCUUUCAGGCACCAUAUUUCUGGCCAUCUAACUGCUGGGAGCCUGAAAACACAGAUUAUGCUAUCUACCUUUGCAAGCGAACCAUGCAAAAUAAGACGAGACUGGAGUUGGCAGAUUAUGAGGCGGAAAACUUAGCAAGACUGCAGAGGGCCUUUGCAAGAAAAUGGGAGUUUAUCUACAUGCAGGCUGAGGCCCAGGUCAAGAUCGACAGGAAGAAGGAUAAAACUGAAAGAAAAAUCCUUGACAGCCAGGAAAGAGCCUUCUGGGAUGUCCACAGACCUGUGCCUGGAUGUGUUAACACCACAGAAAUGGACAUCAGAAAAUGUAGACGCAUGAAGGAUCCACACAGAGUUAAGAAGUCAGUGUACGGGGUGGUGGAGGAGGGAACGCAGUCACAGAGCCCGAUACACAGUUCAUUUCAUCACUGCCGAAAAGGAACGAAAGAGGAUGUUGAAAAAGAAAUUUUAUUUCUAAACACCCAGCUAGAUCGACACUGUUUGAAAAUGUCCAAGGUUGCUGAAAGUCUGAUCAUUUACACUGAGCAGUUCAUGGAGUAUGACCCAUUUGUGACAUCACCUGAACCAUCCAAUCCCUGGACCAGUGAUGACCCCACUCUCUGGGAUCUGGAGAUGAGCAAAGAGCCCAGUCAGCAAAGGGUAAAGAAGUGGGGUUUCUCCCUGGAUGAGGCCUUAAAGGAUCCAGCUGGACAGGACCUGUUCCUCAAGUUCCUAGAGUCAGAGUUUAGCACAGAAAACCUGAGAUUCUGGUUAGCAGUACAGGGUCUGAAAAGGGUUCCCCAGCAGGAUGUUGUACAAAGGGUGCAAGACAUUUGGGCUGAGUUUCUGGCAGAAGGAGCUCCCAGCUCCAUCAACCUGGACUCGCAUAGCUAUGAAAUCACCAGCCAGAACUUGAAAGACCCAGGACGGUACAGCUAUGAGGAUGCACAGGACCACAUAUACAAGCUGAUGAAAAGUGACAGCUAUCCACGUUUCCUACGUUCCAAUGUGUACCAGGACCUGCUAACGGCAAGGAAGAAACCUGAAACGGAGCAGGGGCGACGCACCUCCCUGGAGAAGUUCACUCGCAGUGUGGGCAAAUCGCUUACAAGCAAACGACUCACGGGCCUCAUGCAGUCAUCCUGACGAGGUCUGGAUCCCGAAUAGGACCAAUCUUACCCACAGCAGAGGCGGGCAGAUAAGAAGCUUUAGGAAAAGGACUCUUGUGUGUGUGGUUGCAGCUUUGGGAGGCUGAGGGUGUCAAACAAACCAAGACUGCUGAAAUGGAAACCCAACACAUCUGGAUUGCACCUUCAGAAAAAGGGAGGACCAACAGCAUGCAAUAAGUCACCAGAGUUAGCACCAGGGGGUGCUGUUACACUACAGGUUUUCAGCUUUGGAGGAUUUGGUUCUGAAACCAGUAUUGAACAAGACUGAGGGAGAUUUUUUUUUUCCUCUAACUGCACUCAUUUUAUUAUGGUAGCUGAGGAGUUUAAUGCUUUACUUUCAGUGAUAUUUACUUGGAAUGCUUGAAUACUUUGACUGAUGUCGAAAUGAGACUUAGAUUAUUGCUGUAGCUUGGUGUUUUUUCCCACUUCACUAUAGGAUGUAAACAGGGAAGGAAGAAAGGCAGGUUUACAGUGAUUGAAACUUGAAAAGAUGACGGGUACAGAUGUGCAUCAACAUUUUAGUAUAUGUUGAAAAAUGGUUAGGAAUUUGUAUCAAUGACUUUUAAGCAAAAAUAGGAAAUGUGUGCUGCUCAGGCAGAGGGUCUUUCAAUACUAGGUUACAAAUACUUUUAAGAAUCACAGUUACCUCUAUGUUUUUCACUUUAAGA